ACUUAGAUUUUGAAACUCUGAUGAAGGUGGACAGAUUCAGAAAAGAAAAAACAACAGAUCGAAUUACAAAAAGUCUUAGAGAAAUAACUAUUACCGAUCGCAACACUGAAGCGAGUCUUAAAUCGUGUCAGUAAAAAUUGCAGUGCACGUAUGUUUUCGUAGGGUACCGUAAAUAUAUCAAGCUAAACGAAAAACAAAUUUUAGAUGGUCACGCAAUUUUCACAUUUUGUGUGACAAGUCUUUCACAUUUUCGCGCGCACAAGGUAGCCAAUCACUGCUUCUGGCGUACUACGUUUCAAUUGGUUUAGAGACAAAAGGCCCUCCCGUAUAAACAUUCAUCUUGGCGUAGUAGAUCGUUCAUUUUCCUGUAGCGAUAUGGUGAAGAAUGUAUCGAAUCUUAACGAGUUUUUUAGCUUUUACAGUUUUUUCUACAAGACCAAAUGUUACCUCACAGAACCAGGAGUCCUGUAGCAGAGAUUCAAACGGCAAAUAUCGAUAUUUUAGCGAGAAUGAGCGAGUUAAACUUCGAGAAAAAGCUAAACAGAUGUUUUACUUUGGGUAUGACAAUUACAUGAAUUUUGCCUUUCCCAAAGAUGAACUAGACCCUAUUCACUGUACAGGAAGAGGACCAGACUAUAAUAAUCCGUCAAAUAUUAAUAUCAAUGAUGUUUUAGGAGAUUUUUCAUUAGGACUAUUAGAAUCUCUUGGCACAUUAGCAAUCAUGGGAAAUAGCAGUGAAUUUAAGCGAGCUGUACAGCUUGUUAUAGACUCUGUAACAUUUGAAAAGAACAAUACAGUUCAAGUCUUUGAAGCAACAAUCAGAGUCGUAGGAUCCCUCCUCUCCGCACACCUCAUCAUAAAAGAUCCUCUUCAGCCAUUUGGUGACAUGGUACCAUCAGACUAUGAUAAUGAAUUAUUAAUUCUUGCCCAAGAUGUUGCAAAUAGGCUGCUGGCAGCUUUUGAAUAUUCUUCAACACAAAUACCAUACCCUAGGGUAAGUAUUAAUUAUCAUGGGAAAGUCCAGACGAAUGAAGUCGUAAUAUUUUGAAUACCUGUUUAGACAGGGAGCUGUAACAUCCUUGAAUGGUCAGGACACUGGACUCCCAGAGCAAAUGGUUCAGGCUCAUUAGCCCUGACCAGGAUCAAAAUUGGGAACUUGUGGUUGCGACAAGACACAGGCCUUGAUGGUAAUGUAAUAAAUGUGGAGACAGGGGACUGGACUGGGAAAAUGAGCGGAUUAGGAGCUGGCUUAGACUCGUUUUAUGAGUAUCUGCUUAAGGGCUACAUCAUGUUUGGUGAGACAGAGGAUUUGAAAAGAUUUAAUGACAUAUAUAGAGCAAUAAAUAGAUAUCUACGAAAAGGUCGACUCAAAUGUAACAAGGGAAAUGGCACGACACCGUUGUAUGUUAACGUCAACAUGAAUUCUGGCGAAACGGUAAACACCUGGGUUGACGCGCUGUCCGCUUCGUUUGCAGGGGUUCAGGUACUAAAAGGAGAUAUCAAAGAAGCUAUCUGCACGCAUGCUCUGUACUAUGCGAUCUGGAAAAAGUACGAAGCAAUGCCAGAGAGAUUUAACUGGCAUACAAAGCAGUCUGACGUGCACUUCUCUCCACUGAGACCCGAGUUGGUAGAGUCAACCUACCUGUUACAUCAGGCCACCCAUCAUCCGUUCUAUCUACACGUUGGUCGGGAAAUCAUAAGGGACAUAGAAAAACAUUCUAAAGCCAGAUGUGGCUAUGCUACUUUACACGAUGUGAAAGAUAAAACUCAAGAGGACAGAAUGGAAAGCUUUUUCUUGAGUGAAACGAGCAAAUAUUUAUACCUUUUAUUUGAUGAAAAGAACCAUGUCAAUCAAGAUGCUUCGAACUACAUCUUCAGCACUGAGGGGCAUAUCUUUAAGCUGGAUACUCGGUUCAGGAAAAGACCCUGGGAUCUAGAGUCCAAGAGAUAUGUUCAAAAGGGCACAAAAACAGCUUCUUACAUUGGCUCUGUAGGAAGGCAUAACGACAGCAUUGGGUGUGCCAUGUUUUGUAGUGAUGUGAACAGUCCCUUGCCAAUGGAUAUCCGUUACUGGGAAGAGGUGGAAAAAGCAGUAGGAAUAUGAGCGAACAAUUCAAGCCAGCGACGAGAAACGCCUUCUUGUUAAGAAGCAACUUCUGACGAAAACUCGAAUGCUAAAAUAACAACAACAACUCUCAAUUUUCUUGCGGUGUUAUGGUGAGAACACGUCCCAAUGUCAGCUUAGUCACUUGUGGCUCGUAAUGGUUUUACGCUAUACGACUGAACACAAUAUUAUGUACAACAUUUGUCUUUAUCGCUUUACUCAUUAUUAUCGUCGUCGUCAUCGUCAUCAUCGUCGUCGUCGUCAUAGUCAUCAUCAUCGUCGUCGUCGUCGUU